GGAACCCCCUGCCGGACCGGGGCGGCAGGCUGCGAGCAGCAGGGAGGGCGUCUAGAGCGAUUCGCCUGCAAAGAAAUGCCCUGUUGAACUUUGAAUAUAUUAGUUGACAUCAGUGCGAGUUGGGGCUGCCAGCCCCUAGCUCCCUCCUCCUUCCCUACCUCCUCCUUCUCCGCCUCCUCCUCCACCCCCCGGUCUCCGAUGGAAAGAGUUGAAGCCGUGCUGAUAGGAGCCGCCUGGAAGAGACAGCGGAGCGCAGGGCAGGACUUGGGUCCCAACUCCGGCCGCGCCGCGGGGAUGCUGCCCGCAGCCGCUCGCAUGGCCCGGGGCGGCGCUCCCUAAGCGCCGGGCUGGGCAGAGCUGCUGCUCCGCACCCUCACUCGCCCCACCGAGCCGAGCCGAGCUGAGCCGAGCCGAGCCGAGCGGACUCGCGCCGAGGCUAUCCCCGCUCCUGCGGCCGCCGGAGCGCGAUGCGCCGGUGAACUCCGCACCGAGAGCCCGGCGUCCACCCCAGCAAUUGGAGACACAUUGCAUCACUGCUGCCAAGGGUGCCUUGUGCACAGAUAUUCCUAUGAACAGGGACAGAAAGUGUUGCUGCCACUGGCAAAUGAAGGUCCUAUGGAUGGGUGGAGGACAGAGAGCCAAAUCACUGCCUCCACAGAGAAGCAGUCCCCUUAGUCCUGCAGUGGGUGACUGCUGGCUGGACUGUCAGCACAGUGGAGAGGUUACUGAGGAUUUUCCCUGGAGCAUGACUUCGAAUAUGACACUUCAGUAAUGCAGAGGCUGUGUCCUCCGUGGGCCUACCUUGGAAGCUAGAUCUGCAGUUGCCCUUCAGUCAUGGUUGUUUCAAGAUUAAAGGCCAUUUCCCUGUCAUUGCCAAGCCUUUUUCUUCUUGCUUUUCAUCUCUCAGCAUCACAGAAUGUACCUGAAUACUCUGAAGCUGAACAUCAGCAGUGUGUCAGGAAAGAACACCCCACAAUUUCUUUUGAAGAUCUGAAGCCCUGGGUGUCGAAUUUCACCUAUCCAGGUGUGCAUGACUUUUCUCAGCUUGCACUGGAUGCCAACAGGAACCAGCUCAUUGUGGGAGCAAGGAACUACCUCUUCAGACUUAGCCUACACAACAUUUCUCUUAUUCAGGCAACAGCAUGGGGUUCAGAUGAAGACACCAGGAGGUCCUGUCAAAGUAAAGGUAAAACAGAGGAAGAGUGCCAGAACUAUGUCCGAGUGCUGAUUGUUUACGGCAAGAAAGUUUUUACCUGUGGUACCAAUGCCUUUUCACCAGUGUGUUCCAGUCGACAGGUAGGAAAUCUUAGCAAAAUCAUUGACAGAAUUAAUGGAGUGGCUCGGUGCCCAUAUGACCCUCGGCAUAAUUCGACAGCUGUGAUUACAUCACGAGGAGAACUCUAUGCUGCAACUGUAAUUGAUUUCUCUGGUCGGGAUCCUGCUAUUUACCGCAGUCUUGGAAAUGUUCCCCCACUUAGGACAGCACAAUACAACUCCAAAUGGCUUAAUGAGCCUAACUUUAUUGCUGCCUAUGACAUUGGUUUGUUCACCUACUUCUUCUUCCGUGAGAAUGCGGUAGAACAUGACUGUGGGAAAACAGUGUAUUCUCGUGUGGCAAGGGUUUGCAAAAAUGAUAUUGGAGGAAGAUUUUUGCUGGAGGACACAUGGACAACUUUCAUGAAGGCCAGGCUGAACUGCUCCCGUGCUGGAGAAAUCCCUUUCUACUAUAAUGAAUUGCAAAGCACCUUCUACCUACCUGAGCAAGAUCUGAUCUAUGGUGUCUUCACUACUAAUGUAAACAGCAUAGCUGCCUCAGCAGUGUGUGCCUUCAAUUUGAGUGCCAUUACUCAGGCAUUUAAUGGGCCUUUCCGUUACCAAGAAAACCCAAGAUCAGCCUGGCUGCCAACGUUAAACCCCAUCCCAAAUUUCCAGUGUGGGACGCUGAAUGAUGAGAGUCCUAACGAGAACCUGACAGAGAGAGUUCUGCAGGAUGCACAGCGCUUAUUCCUGAUGAAUGAUGUCGUGCAGCCAGUGACUGUAGAUCCAUACGUGACUCAGGACAGCAUUCGAUUUUCCAGACUCGUGGUUGAUAUUGUUCAGGGGAAGGAUACUCUCUACCAUGUGAUGUAUAUUGGAACAGAGCAUGGCACCAUCUUGAAGGCCCUUUCUACCACUAACAGGAGCCUGAGGAGUUGUUAUUUAGAGGAAAUGCAGAUCCUCCCUGAUGGACAACAGGAAGCAAUCAAGAGUCUUCAAAUCCUGCACAGCGACAGGUCACUCUUUGUGGGCUUAAAUAAUGGAGUGCUAAAAAUUCCUCUGGAGAGAUGCUCCAUGCACAGAACAGAAGGGGAAUGCCUAGGAGCCAGAGACCCCUAUUGUGGCUGGGAUAACAAGCAGAAGAGAUGCACCACAAUUGAGGACAGCUCCAACAUGAGCCUGUGGACUCAAAAUAUUACUGAGUGCCCAGUGAAAAACCUGACAACAAAUGGAAGAUUGGGGCCCUGGUCCCCAUGGCAACUGUGUGAGCAUUCAGAUGGGGACAGCACAGGCUCCUGCAUGUGUAGGUCACGUUCAUGUGACAGCCCUCGUCCACGUUGUGGAGGUCGCAGUUGUGAAGGGGCCAGGAUUGAGGUGGCAAAUUGCUCAAGAAAUGGAGCUUGGACACCCUGGUCUUCCUGGGCCCCAUGCAGCACCUCCUGUGGGAUAGGCUUCCAGGUCCGCCAGCGAUCCUGCAGCAACCCUGCUCCACGGUACGGCGGCAGGGUCUGUGUUGGACAGAGUAGGGAAGAAAGAUUCUGUAAUGAGAACAAUCCGUGUCCACUGCCGAUUUUUUGGUCUUCAUGGGGUCCUUGGACUAAAUGUAGUGUGAAUUGUGGUGGAGGGAUUCAUUCGAGGCAGAGGUCCUGUGAAAAUGGAAAUACAUGUCCAGGCUGUGCUGUGGAAUAUAAGACGUGCAACCCAGAGAGCUGCCCGGAGGUGCGCAGGAACACACCCUGGACCCCUUGGAUGCCUGUCAACAUCACCCAGAAUGGUGCCCGCCAGGAGCAGCGCUUCCGCUACACGUGUCGUGCCCAGCUGUCUGAUCCCCAUGAGCUGCAGUUUGGGAGAAAGAAAACCGAGAGUCGAUUCUGCCCCAAUGAUGGCUCAGCCGUGUGUGAUACUGACUCUCUUGUUGAUGAUCUCCUCAAGACUGGUAAGACUUCUGCACGGAUUAUCAAUGGGGGCUGGUCCUUUUGGGGAGCCUGGUCUUCCUGUUCCAGGGACUGUGAGCUGGGCUUUAGGAUCAGGAAGAGAACAUGCACAAACCCUGAACCUAAAAAUGGUGGCUUGCCCUGUGUGGGGUCAGCGAUGGAAUACCAAGACUGCAAUCCACAUCCCUGCCCAGUGAAAGGCUCAUGGUCUUGUUGGACUCCUUGGUCUCACUGCUCAGCCACCUGUGGAGGAGGACACUACCAACGCACGCGAACUUGCACCAAUCCAGCUCCGUCUAGUGGAGAGGAUAUCUGCAUUGGUCUGCACACCGAGGAGGCCCUUUGCAACACACACCCAUGUGAAGGUGGGUGGUCAGAAUGGUCGGAGUGGAGCCUGUGUAAUGAAGAGGGUAUCCAAUACCGCAGCCGUUACUGUGAGAUACACAGCCCAGAUUCUUCUCAGUGCGUCGGAAACAGCACACAGUACCAAGAUUGCCUGUAUAAUGAAAUUCCUGUGAUCCUGCCAGCCUCCAGCAUUGAUGAGAGCACAAACUGUGGAGGUUUUAGUCUCAUCCAUCUGAUUGCCACCGGGAUCUCCUGUUUCUUCGGCUCUAGCCUCUUAACGUUUGUGAUUUACGUGUACUGCCAGCGCUGUCAGAGGCAGUCCCAGGAGUCGACCGUUAUCCACCCAACCACUCCCAACCAUCUCCAUUACAAGGGCAACACAACCCCCAAGAAUGAGAAGUACACCCCUAUGGAGUUCAAGACACUUAACAAGAACAAUUUGAUACCAGAUGACAGGACCAACUUCUACCCAUUGCAGCAAACCAAUGUGUACACAACAACCUAUUAUCCCAGUACACUGAAUAAAUAUGACUACAGGCCUGAGGCCUCCCCUGGAAGGACCUUUACCAACAGCUGAUGAUGGACAGAUCCUACAGGACUGGAUACUUCCUAUAUGAAUUUUUUUAAAUUGAUUUUAUGGACCAAAUACUGGCUCAGCCUCUAGAUGUAAAUAUUGUACAGUAGGGUCUUUUUUUUUUCCUUUGGUUAAUUGUAUUUCUUGUAAACAGCACAUCUCCUUACAAGGACAAAACCACAUAUGGACCAUUCUGCAGUGCUUUUGUUGAUAUUUGGCUGGAGAUGGCUCUUACUACUGCAACUGUUUAUGGCUGGAACAUCAACAUUGUUGUCCAGCGCCAACAUUGUCACAAGGAGGUGGCUGUGUGCUGGGCUCAGUGGCCACCAUGCAGCAGCACACAAUAUGUGGGUACACUCUAAGCAAGGCGAGAAGUGACCUCCUGGGGCAGGAGUGUCUGUCUGGUGAGGCACAUCCUUCCUGAGGCAGGGUAGCAAUGGUGCGCUGGAUGACACACAGUUCAUGAGACAGGCUGAGCGGGACUCCAUCGUGCCAACAACUUUUUUUCUUUUCCUUUUUUAAUUUUUCAUCUUUUUAUGUUUCUGGAAAAAAAAAACAAACAGAAGUGACUUUCUAGGGCAGUGUUCCCUGUAUCUUCAACAGAAUCUUUUCAUAUUACAGGAAAUACUUUCCGCAGCCUUCUUUGGCAAUAUGCAGUUCAGCUGAUGAGAAACAACACACAAACAAAGUGCAUUACACAAAGAAGCUUUCCAGAACGUUUCCAGUCUUAAUUGAAAGAAAAUUAUACAGGCAGUGAGACACUGAGAGAAGUAAAUGUUGGAAUAACAUCGGAGAUAUGAACUUGGAGUGCCUAACAAACAAAGAUGUUUAUAUCACUGGAAAAAAAAAGGUGUAAUGAUUGCCGUGCAAGAGCCAUGGACUUUUUUCUUUCUUCCUUUUUUCUUUUCUCCUGAGACAGUGUUAACUCUUUUUGUUCUAGCUUUGAUCCUGAUUACGUCUGCCAGGAAAGGCAACUUUCGAGGUCAUGCUCUUCUUGUGGGAAAUCACUGUGCUUUGGGCUGGUUUUUUCCCUCUUGUUUUGCUGUUGGUUUUUAGUUCAUUUACUUUCUAAGAGUGAAUAAUUCUGACUUUUCAGAGGGAGGGUAUUUUUGUACGGAAUGUUUCCAUAGUCUGACAUGACCCAGAAAGUCUGCUGCACAUUCUUACAGUGUCUUCCAGUCAGUACUCUAUGAAAUAGUAACACAGCUGAGUAAUGUGCGUUGUUUGCCAAUAUCUCUUUAAUCUUUUCUGAACAAAAACCAACCCAAUGAACAAAUGCUGCUGCAGCUAUUGAAGUAAAUUGGGGCAGUAGCAUUAUUAAACAGUAUAUCCAGCCUUGAAAUGUAAUUUUAUGUAUGUGUGUGACUGUGUCUACAAGAACUGUAUUAGUUUGAUGCAGAAGCCAUGUUGUCUACAACCAGAUGUUUGUCUGACAUAAUUGUUUGUUUGGCAAAAAGGAAACUUAUUGCUGGUGCUUAAUGUACAAUUACAUCCAAUGUGUUAGCAACGUGGACAAGUUCACCGCUGUCAUCAUUCAGUGUUUCUAAAUAUUUAUAAUGAACUCCUGAUGCUAAGGAUUUUAGAAUGUCGCAAUACUGAGCAUGAGAUAAAAGUACACCCUGAAACACGCAUGAGCUCCAUGUGGUCCUGAGGUUGGCUUUGUUGUGUGCAUCUUACUCGAGCAAUUACCAUGCCUGUACGUGGCCAUUGACUCGGCCGUGUUCCUAGCAGUCCCGUUUGGCUUCUCUUUAUUUCAGAUUUCGCUGUAAGCUGGCACCAAUCAUUUCCCAGUGCUAUUCCUUUGCAGUUGCUUGUUUGGAAGCCCAGCUUGGGCUGUGUACUCAGCUCUUUCAUGUAGGCAGCCAGUAGGAAAUGAAGAAAGACUGUGUUCCUAGUGACAAGUAUAUUGCUUUUACUGCAAGGAAAAGCCAACACAGUUCUGUAAGCCUGUUAUGGUGGUUUGACCAGAAGGCAAGAAUAAAGAGGCCUCCCAUUUUUAAAUUACUUUGUCCAACUUCAGUUUGCAGUGAUUGAAGGCUGUAGGGAUAUUUGUAGUAAAGUGAGGUCAUUAGCACUGCUGUGAGGACACCUUAGGCUCAGUGGUGCCUGUCAUUUUCAGCAGUUGUUUUUCUAAUUUAGCAGCUCAUCCUACUUCUGCUCUGUUCACUGGGUGAAAUAGGGAGAACAGAGGAAUUGAGAUAGAGAGAGGUGCCCUUAAAUAGAUGCACUCACAUUUGAAGCAGUGGCGUCAGGAGCUGGUCCAGACCUUGAAGCUCCUGCUGCAGCUUGAAGCUCCUGAAGCAGCGUGUCGCAACCCUCCAAGUAGGCACAGUGGCCCUAACUCCCCUGCCAGCAUGGCUGCAGUGGGAGCGGUGGGAGUGAAGCAGGAUCACCAGGGUAGAAGGAGAGCACUGGUAGCAAGUGCCAGCACCUGGAGGGAGGCUCUUCCUAGGCUCCUAAAUCCCAUUUGAGGAGUGAUGACUUUGUGCCUCAUGCUGUAAUCCCCUGCCUUGCUGACUUCCAUGGCCCCUCAGCAACUCAGAAAUUCCUGACUUAAAAUAGUUCUAACAAAUAUAUAGCUCAGGGGUUGAAAAUUAUUACAUUUGAUUAUCAGGAUAGGAUGUUCCCAGCUUUAAUUUAUGUGAUUCAGAAAAAAACAUUGGCUCCCAAGAUUACUCUAGCCAUUGUGAAAUCAAAGCCAUCUCCAAGCUUCCCACUCAGAAGAUUCCUUGUAUUGAUACAUUCUUCAAUUACUGUGUACAUGGCAGAAUUGCAGCAGGAGUCUGGGGGGAUGGGAGGAAGUCAAACUUUGCAAUCAUGAUAAUUUUCUAUUUUCCUUUCUUUUUCUCCUCCCUCCUCCUUCAACUUUUUUCCAUUUUCAGCUUCACAGAAUAACAUGAUGUUAACUGCUUUUUUUUUUUUCCCCCAACGUGCUGCGUAGCAGCUGAAUUUAUUUAAAUGUUCAGCUCACCAAGAUAGGUCAUUACUUCCAUUGUGCUCAGGAGGGGCAUAUUUUGUAGGCUAUUGGAGGGCAGAUGCUUUGAGAGUUGUGCCUGUGGUUAUAGUUUCAUCAAGCCAUUUCUUCUUACCAGCCAUCCGAAUGGAUUCAGCCCUUUCUGGUAUAAUUGGCAAUCACAGCAAGGGUCUGUAGACUCCAUUUGAGCAGAAAGGAGAAUCCAGGAGAGAGAAGAGAGAGCACAAUAAAAAAAAAACUAGAACACAUAUUACUCACUGUUUGCAUGAGUGUGAGUUCUUUAAGGACAAUGUCAAUGCGGUGUGAGGGUUGCAUUUUUUAUGAGCUCUCUAAUGCGUGGCAGGUUAAUGACACCAGGUACAGUGAUAUUCUUGCAUCCAUGUAAUUCAGCACCUUGAUCAUCAGGUCUGUAAUAUCUGUAGCAGCUUGAAUUGCUCCUGCAGCUGGAUGUUAAAGUUGCUAAAAUUUCCUAUUUGUAAGGCCAUCUGAAAGUGCACUGGAAAUGCAUUUAGUUCAGGAGCAUUGCUUCCAAAAGACUCAUCUUGCUCUUUAUUUUUUCUUUCACUUCUAAGGCAGAGAAGGGAAACCUGGGCAGUUCCUGUGCUGGUCUAGCGACACUGGUUCUCUGCAAACCCUUUGGAUAGGAUUCGGAUAUCCAUUAUGUAAAAUAUGAUUGAAAUCUUACAGCCAAGUGUGUAGCGGAAACAUCUUUAAUUAGGCCUUUCUUCCUUUUCCAUGGAGUGGCUGCCUUUCUCCCUCCAGAUGGGGUGUGCAUUAUGGCCUUAUCCAGGCUGUGUUGUGCCAAUGCUGAUGGGCUUUACUUGAUCAGCUGCCACCCACCAAAAAUAACUUGUGCCAAACCACUUGAUGAUAGCACCACAGUAUAAGAGGUGCUGUUGCUCUAAAGGCGCACUUGAAUGUUCAGCAUAUGAGCCAGGCUGCUCUUAAACAUAUGAACUGUACAGACACUAUAAAAGAAAUUGUAUUGUAUUACCACCACUGUUCCUAAUGCCUUACAUUUGGAAAAUGAGAUGAUUAGUUUGAAAUCAACAGAGUAGGAACGGAGUUCAUGUCUGAUGCAGACAAUUGACGCCUCCAAUGUUAAUCCUAUGUUAAGCCCACCUGGAGAGAAAAUUUCUGUCCACUGAGAUUGAUUUAUUCUUUGUACCAAAUAUAGUGGGGGAAAGUUAUAUAUAUAUAAAAAUAUAUAUAUAUAAAUGUAAAUGUAAAGUUCGUGUAACAGCUUACUCUUUUUUUUGUAAUAGUGUAUACAUCUAUCAGUGGAUAGAUACGGUAUAUAUUUAUAAUAUAUACACACACAAUAUAUAUAUUUAACAAAAUGCCUGCAGAGGAAACUUAGAAUAAGAAAGGCAGUGCUGGUAUUCAAAUUCACAGGGAUAAAAUGAAGAAAAAAACCUGUAAAAAUAUAGCAUCCCUCCCAUUAGUUUUAAAAAAAAAGCCCCAACCCUUUUGAGGUAAAUGAAAUAUAAUUUUUUAAUUGAAAAGAAAAUUGAUUUUUCUAGUUAGAAAUGCUGAUUCUCCCCUAAAUCAUUCUGGUUAAGAAUGAUUAAGAAAAAUAUUCCUGUUACUGCUUAUAUUUUCUGAAGAAGCCUCCCAUAUCACUCAUGUAUCAUCACUCUAUUGUUUUUGUAAUUAUAAGUAGGGACUAAUUGUGCAAAGAAAAUUGAAAUAGCAAGUAGGAGUAACAAAUAUUGUACCAUUAGCCAAAAGACAUCAUCUAUUAGAACAGAGAAAAUGUCAACUUCCAUGUUGAAGAAGAUAGCAAUUGCCUUCUGAGUUAUUGAUCGGCAUAAUAAGCCUUGCUUUAUAAUCGCACUAGAAGGUUUUAGUACCAAAUUUAGGGAAAAGGAACCCUGCAAACCCAUGGCUUUUCAUUUUCACAGGGGCACAGAGAAGCCACCAGGCCAUGGCAGUCAGGUACCUGGUGCAAUGGGUGUCUCUGGAGCUUCCAGCAUUCAUGGCCAAGGCUCUGCAUGUAUUCCUCGCCCUGUUACCUCCCAUGAGCCAGGCUGCACACAUGACAGGGCACAGCACCCCUUGGAGCUGUCUGGAGUAACAGAGAAAUACCCAGUAAAUUGGGUUUGAAGGAUUUCUUUUUUUUCCCACAGAUCACUUUAAUGCCCUCAUGACCAGGGCCCAGACUCAAACAGGUGAAUCUUCCCCUUAAGCUUGUUAGGAGGAAACUUCAAGCAGCUUCGAGAAUACAUUUGGGGUAGGUGGGAAAAUCCAUAAAUUUUGAUUGCCAGAACCUUCAAAACUGGACAGAAGCCCCUCUGGAGCUGGGUCCUUGUGGUACUUACCCUGUCUCAGCUGUUCUCUUGGAAAUAUCUCCUUUGGGCCCUUCGUGAAACGUUAGCAUCUGCAUUAGCCCUGGCUGGAGGAACAAAACCAACAACCCUUUAUUUAGAGAGCCACAAAAUUAAGUGCUCAAUAGCAUUCGACACAAGUUUGGGUCUCAAACUUGAUUUUUUCCCUGUUCUGCCUCCAGCCUCAGCUGUCAAUUUCUAUGUGAGAAGGUUCAGUGCUGUAAGACCAGCAUUUGGCUUUCUGCAAUUCCCAGCCCCCAUGUGUUUUUAAACAAAUCUGAUCAUGAAAAGUAUUAACACUGCACUCUAGUUCUGAAAUCUCCAUCAGCAGGAUGCUGUUCAUUCGCAUGCCAUGGAGUCAAGCAGAGGUCGGCAUGGAUGGACCAUUAAUAACCGAAGCAAAAAUGGUUUUUAGUAACAAACGCCAAACAACAUAAAAGUCAGCCAGCUGCAUGCCAGUGCGGUUUCCAUCCACACACCCCUCCCUAGCUGACAUCCAAACCUGCGCAUACCUAAAAGUGGUGCAGUUAAUUAGGAGCAUUCCCACAGAGAACACUUUCGGGAGGAUGAAUGGUAUGUGUGAUGGAAACGACAUGAUUUAGCUUGUAGUUGAGGUGGGAGAGUGACAGAUGCAAUACUGGAUCAUGGGAAAUUGUGAUGCAAACACGGAACGCUUGCCCUAAAACAGCAAAACCUGGAGAGUAUUAUUGAACUCUGUUGUGAAGGCACAUCACCCUUCCUAUGCAAUUGAACUUGAUGGUACUUUAGUAUAAAGGUGACCUAGACUGUAAUCACUGCCUUUAGACACUGUGAAUUUUUUGGGGUACUCUGUAUUUUUAUAUAUUGUACAAUGUAAAGAAUAAUUCAGAAAUAAAACAGACCAACCUGAGAA